AUGUCGAACUGGGGACUGCGGCUGAACCCGUUCAGCAAGGGCUACUCGCAGCUCGAGAUGGACCAGAUGCGCUUCGUGCAUCAGGCCUUCUGCGAGGCCAUGGAAGUGAGCGAAGAGGACCUUCCCACCGCGCUGCGGAUGGAUGACAACUUCUACCCUCUGCACAACCCCACCAUCUCGGACUUUGACGAGAAUUCGUACCUCCGUAAGAUGCAGGACGUCGUAGGUCUACUGCGUAACCCCGCUGAAGCCAUCAUCUCGAGCAUCUGCGCAUACCAGCGCGAGCGCUACGACCGUACCUUCGCGUUCUCGGGUUAUCUCAACGACCCACGUACACUAUUGCUUGAGGAAUUCAAGGACUGGGCCAUGCGUACACUGGCACCGGCCACGUGCACAACCGAAUCGAUCCUCAUUGAGGUGCGACGCAGACACAGCUACGUACUGAGAUUACAGCAUGGCCAACAAGGUCUGUUCCACUCUGGAACGGGCGAGCGGUCACUGCUAGGGACGCUCAAAGAUGUGAGGAACGUCUUUGAGACACGAGUGCUCCCCACUAUCGAGACGGAACGCGCUCACUCGUCGGCAAGAGAACAGCUGCACACAUUGGAAGCUAGAGGCACAGACGGACUCAUGCACGGCGUCCAGUUCCUCUUCUAUGUGCUGCGGAACACGCCUAAUACGCCGGCAGACUGCACGAUCAGCAACCUACAGAGUCAACAACAUGCAGGCAUGAAGGACGCCAUGGGGAGCAAGUCAGGACAAAUGCUCGAGGUGCUACUCACGACACCAUCUUUUAAAGAACUCUUCCCACAGAACCAGGCUGCCAUCUCCCCUCAGGAUUCACUACCAUCACUACUGUUAACGAACGAGGAAGAGGAAGAAAUGACCAAGACGGCUGUGUUCUGCGAUACUGAAGCCAAGCCACAAGUGCCGACGGUGUUGACGCGCCAGCUGCGACGCAACUCCAACCCGAACGAGGUGGCGAUUACUCCGUCUGAUUUCCUACAACAGAGCAACUCUGGCGUUGUUACACUACGGAAAGAGGUUCGAGAGGAGACGUUCGACGCGUUUACCAAGCUGCACGGCUUGCUGAAGCUGCUGGCUGAUCUGCUGGUGUCGUGCCGUAAAGCGCGACAAUUGGCUGGCCCCGGCGGUGAUUUGCUCGUGUAUGGACCUGGUGGAGAGGAGGUUCGUCGGUUGAUGCAGUCGCUGGAGGCUGUGCAGACAGAGAUCAGUAAGGAAGUGAGUCAGCUGACGCGUAUUGGCGUCCGUGAGCUGGAUCGUCUCAAGCCCAACCAGGAGAAAGGCUGGCGCUGGAGUUUUAGCAGGGUGUUGCCUCUUGAAGGCUACUUGGCUCGUGAUUUUGGCGCGUGUGUCGAGCCGAUUCAGCGCAUGUAUGCGAGCGCUGACCCACUGCACGUGCAGAAGAUGUACAAACAAUUCAAACAAGCCACAGGAUUGUGGGUAGAGGAGAACAGCUCCAUCUGCAGGUAUGUUACGGCAGCGUUAGGUGGAGGCUUCAUUGAAGAUGAAGCACACAAGUAUCAGCAGUUAGAAAAUGGCGAAGAGGAGCCGGAGGGUCAUGCGAAGAUCGAGUUAUUGGAGGACGAAACCCCGUCAGACAUGAGCCAAGCGCUUGUUCAAGAGGAUCGGAUCGUGCUGUUGGAGGACGAGGGCUCAGAGAAUGACCCUAAUGCGGAGAAUCAGCUCGUGGUAGCGAACCGAGCUGCUGUUCUAGGACCGAAGAAACAGUCGAGCACGGAUAGCGGCUUCUUCUCGUCACUUGUCCCCGUGCACUCGGAAACAGACGAAGAUGAUGAGGUUGAAAAGGGUCCAUCGUCGUCUACGUCGUCUAAGGAAGCUGCGGAUAUCGCAGCUGCGCAGGGAGGCGUGUUGGACACGCUGCUGCUCGUGCGUCAGUCUAUUCAGCGUAUCGGUCAGUUGUCGUGGGGCGUCCGUACUUCGUUCCAUACUUCGUCUAUUGAUGAGGGCGAUUUCGAUGCGUUCAUCGUGUUGUGCUCCAUCUACGAGACUUGUGGCGUCCCGUGCUCCAGUGAUUUGUUGCUACGUGUUAGAUUGCACCGCACGCGUCUAUCGCAGCUGCUGAAGAAGCACAUCCAGUCGAUUCUGAACUGCGUUGUGGUGCUGCAGCGUCGAAUCGUGGAUGAAGAGAAGAGUAUUCCAGGCAUGACGCUAGUGUACCGUCGAUUGAGGGCGAAUCUUUCGGACUUUGAGAGUGAGAUGGACGAUCUGCUGAUCAAGUUCAAGCAGGUGAUGGUCGAGUGCUCUAAGAUGAAGGCAGGUAUUCUUGCCAUGCCGCUGUCGCAACAGCGCGAGUCGAACGACGUUAUUGGCAUGGGCGCUUAUGCGUACAACUCGAUCAAUGCGCUGGCGUCCAGUUUUGGCCCCGCAUCGGUCCCGUCCGAAGCCAUUCUGUCGCAUGGCGAGUACAUGACGCAGUUGAGGUCGCAGCUGGAUCUGCAUUGGAACAGUAUCUCGCACCUCUUCCAGAGUCUUCAGGGCACGGUGGAGGCUGUCACCACCGUUGAUGACCGUCUAAGGGGAUACGCGAAGUUCCCGGACAUCACUGUGCCACCCCAGCAGCUGGAUUACAUUUUUGAAUUUAACUACGACGGCUUCUUCCGCCAGACGACUAAGGACUUGGAGGUUUUACUCGCUUCGUUCGACGCGUCGAAGUAA